CGGCCCGCCUAUCAUCAUCUCUGCAAGGAACAUUGAAGGAACACGCAGCACGCUAAUCCUUUCCCCUCCGAUUACUUUCAAAUUACUCUUUUUGUGAUGCCAGGCCUUGUCAUGGAGGCAAAUUCAUCAGCCUCUGCAUCCUCUACGGUUUCUUUCGAUAUCUGCGAAACUUUCGCUUCAUUCCUGAAGAAUGAGGAGCUAUCGGCUCCCCUAGCCGCGAUUUUAGCCCUUAGCAAGCUGAUUGAGAUAUCCGAUGCUGGAACCAUGCUCGAGCUGGUGAAAGCUCUAAACGAUGGUGCAGAAGCUUUGAAGGCGUCAACUUCCAAUCCGAUCAGUUUGAACGCUGGGUGCGAAUUAUUCGUCGCGUUUGUCACACUGCUCCCGCAUGACUCCGCAAGCUUCUCCGAUUUAAAACUAGAGCUUGUUAGACAAGGCCAAAAAUAUGCUACUGAGGCUCUCACUUAUCGCGAUAAAAUUGCAAACCUGGCGCUGGGGUUCAUCAAAGAUGAUUCGGUGAUCCUGACUCAUUCCUAUUCGAGAGUCGUGAUGAAGACCCUACUCCGUGCCCAUGAGAGAAAGAGAAUAUCGGUCUACGUGACGGAAGCACGGCCUCGUGGCUUAGGCCUACGAACCUAUGAAGAACUUACUGCCGCCGGUAUACCCUGCACAGUGGUGCUAGAUUCGGCGGUAUCAUAUGUCAUGGACAAGGUAGACUUCGUUCUAGUGGGAUCAGAAGCUGUCGUAGAAAGCGGCGGCUUGAUAAACGCCGUUGGCAGUAACCAGAUCGCGAUCAUCGCUCAGGCUGCGAAUAUCCCUUUUUACGCCCUCGCUGAGAGCUACAAAUUCCACCGCCUAUUCCCGCUAUCCCAGUAUGACCUGCCCACACACACAGCUAAUAUUCUGUCUUUCCCUUUGUCGCCGGCAGGCAACGUUGCGUCCCCGUCGACCACGGACGCGAUCAGAUCACCUGAAAGGUCCGGCAAUGCUGACAACGUACGACAGAUGACGCCCGAACAAAUUGCGUGCAACCCUGGAGUAGACUACACCAGGCCGGACCUGAUUACGCUGGUUUUCUCCGACGUUGGCAGCUUGACUCCCGAAGGAGUCAGCCAAUAUGUUGUGGGGAUGUUUGCAGGAUGACGAAACUGUCGGUUUAUCCUCAUCACCGAGACUCUGUCUCCAUGCGGCGAUAGGCCCGAUAGAGUUUACGAUUAGCCUUUGUCACUUUCAAGAUCAGUUGCAGAUCACCAUGCGUGUGGGUGGAUCAUUUUUGUGGUGCAAGGAGGUUAAUCAAGAGG